AUGAAAGUGAGGAUGAUGAAAUUGCACGAGAUGAUAAUUCUGCUUUUGAUAGCACUUCAUACAGCAUCAAUGAAACUUGUCAUGGGCAAAAAGUUAGCAAGUCGCUACGAUAGACUUGCUGAUGAGACAAAAUAUGACGACUCAUGGAGGACUAAUUAUAUGAGUGAUUGGAGACAUGAUCAUGGAAGUGGGGAAGUCAAGCAGAUAACAAUUGAACGAAAAAUUCCCGUGCCUGUUUUUGUUGAGAAAAUUCGACACGUUCCAGUGGCUAUAACAAAGCCAAUUUUCAUUGACAGACCAAUUCCGAUUGUUCAUAUUUUGCCACGUUCUCAAAAUUAUCAUCAUCAUCACUUUACAGAAUAUCAUCAUAUGUAUUGAUAAAUGAAACUAUC